UGUAUUGUUGUUUUGCGUCUGGACAGAAAAGACUAGACUUCUAGCAUGCAAAACAUAGGUAAUGAUCAAGAUGGCGGGUGUGGGAAGUGAAAAUUCAGCAGCUGUACCGGUACCUGUUCAAGAUGUGCAAGGUGACGGCCGCUGGAGGAGUGUCCAUGAUCGGUAUGCAGCUGAAGCUCAUGAAAAAGAACCAGAUGUGUUGUUUAUAGGUGAUUCACUUAUUCAACUAUUGGAACAAUGUCCAAUUUGGAAGGAGUUGUUUAUUCCAUUACAUUGCCUCAACUUUGGCAUCGGAGGUGACGCCACUCAGCAUGUGCUAUGGAGAAUACAAAAUGGAGAAUUAGAGAACAUUGCCCCUAAGGUGAUUGUGCUUCUAGUUGGAACCAAUAACCAUGAACAUACAGCAGACCAGGUGGCAGGGGGAGUGGAGGCAAUUGUUAGGUACAUGUCAGAGAAACAGCCUCAAGCCAAUAUCGUAGUCAUGGGCGUACCACCACGAGGCCAGAAACCAAACCCCUUGCGAGAGAAGAAUGCUGCCGUAAACAAUCUAAUCGUUCAGUUCCUUGAAAAUAUACCGAGAACAGAAUUUUUCAGCACCGAUGUAGAUUAUGUCCAUUCAGAUGGUCUGAUAGAUUGUCGUGACAUGUACGAUUAUCUGCACUUCACAAUCAACGGGUACCGCAAGAUUGGCGAACCGCUUCGGGAUCGGUUAGUGGAGUUGCUUUCACAAGAGGACGCUGAAUCAUGAAAGAUAACUAGCCAACAAACACAUGUAUUAUUGAUGUCGCAUAUAAUUGGCACCGUAGUGAGACCGUUUGUAUGAAUACUGCCCUCAGUGUUAGUGGAAAAAGUAUGGUAAGAGCUUAGUCUUCAAUAUAGCACUUAUUGACAAACACAAGAAAUUAUGAAAUGAUUUUAUAGCAGUGACAUUAUUUUAAAAGCAGUGUGUAACAACAUUGUGUACUCAUAUAAGGUUUUUGCACUUUAUAACAAAUUUUACAGAAUUUGUGAAGGGAUUGUAAGCAGUUAAUGAAAUCAAAAUGAUGUGUCUUAUUAUAGUAUAGUGCUUAAUUCAUUUAAAAGAUAGUGACUAUUAAAUUAAGUUGGGAAGGAGAUUACAGUUAUGAAUUUGAAUUCCAACAUUAUUUAUUUUCCAUCAAUUCAAGUUAUUAGCAACAGUGCUUAGAUAUGGACCAUUCCAAAAAUAACCUGUGUAAUCUGUGUGCUUUUUCUGAUUUCUGCAUAUGAAAAAAAAAGAGAACAUAGCAAUGGCUUUGUAAUUUUAGACAUUCAGUUAAUACAUUCCUAUUUAAUACAUACCAUUUUGAAAAGUUGAGUGCAAGUUACUUCAUGGAGUUCAUAAUACAUGUCAGACGUUUACAGAUGAUUCCCUCUUUUAUGCUAAAGGGGAAAUUUUCAAAACAAUUUUUUUUUUAAAUAUCUGUAACCUUGACCUGGCCCUUUGACUAUUUCAUCCCAAAAUGUAAUCACCUCUCUCUCAAGCUGGUUUUCCGCUAGGUGAAUUUAUUUGCACGAAUUGAAAUCGUCGUUCAUGCGCAUUUCUAUCAAAGUUUUCGCUUAAGCGAAAUUGGUAGUUCAAACUGUUUCUACUUUUUGCGAAGCACAAAAUGUGCUGAACCAAUCAGAGCUCAGGAACUGAACAGACGCCUUCGAUUCGUGCGAACGAAUAAAUUCACCUAGUGGAAAACAGCCUUUAGAUCGAUGUGUCAAUCCAAUAAAUUUCAUGAUGAUCCAUUCAUUAGUUUAUACAUAAUUGUGCUAUUGGAGAGACAGGCAGCGAUCAAUACAUUUGUGGACUUUGUACAGCACUUAUUUCUUUGUAAAAUUGAUAUUUCAUAACCUGUAGAUAACCUUAUUACUUUAUUCAUGAUAUUAAUGUUGUUAUUGUUCAUUCUGAUGUUUUUAUCAUGAUUAAUAAUUAUGUAGAACCACAAGAUAAAAAUUACAUGAUUAAUAAUAUUGCAAACCAUUGAUUGACCCAUCGGGUGCAUUUUGUGAUCAGUGUGGCCACUGUUCUCUAGUGCACACUAUAAACAAAUUUUUUAAAAUAUGGUCUUCUGAAGAUUUUGUUUCUAUAGAAUUAGGAAUAGUUUUUAUUUUUUUUUUAUCCUAUCUAAUCAACUCAGACAUUAUAUUUUAUUGAGGCUUAAUAAUAUAAGUAAGGUAAGUAUUCCAUCUGUAGGUUUAUUGUUAAGGCCAACUCAGACAGCGUCUUACGACGCAGCUUGGCACAAUUUGUUGUUGCGUUGGGUCUGUGUGAGUUAAAGCUAGACGCAAUGGUUGGCAUCGGUGGCAGUCGCGUCGUAGAAUAUUCAACAUGUUUAAUAUUUCUCGCAACGGCUUAAGAAUGUCCUCGACGAUGAAUCGCGUCGAGCUGCGUCGUACAAUGCUGUCUGAUUUUGGCCUUUACACAAUGUUAAUAUUAAUAAUGUUAUUUGCUAUGGCAUGUUCCAAUAUAUUUGUGAAUACCUGAUAAAGACAAUGGACUUUUACGGAUUUUCAAUGAUCAAAUUUAGCAACUGACUAGUCAGUGCAGGGCCAGGAUUACAAACUUGUCCCAACACGUUUUGUCCCACAAACUUGCAUGCUUUCCUAUAUAUACGGGUGGUUUGUGGGACCUUAGUUCAUUACUAACAAAAAAAUUGUAACUUAAGACUUGUAUUUUUUUAUAAAUCCUUCCUUGAAACUUUCACGUCUUCAAAAUAUGUAUACUGUAGUACACUAGAGUACUAAGAUCUGGUGCUUGGUGCUUGCCGCUUGCGCAGAGAAAGGAAAUGAGAAAGAUUGCAUGGGGUAGGGCUACCCUCGUUGGGCAGAGCUUGGAUGACUGCUUCCGCAUUGGCAAUUGUUUAUUCCAUGUAAAGUAUAUCAUACUAUUAAUUUGUGUUAAUUUAUACAAAGUCAAGAAUUAAAGAAAUACGCAGCAUACAGAUCUCUUUUAUGCUAAAAGAUUAACAAGUAGUUAUAAACAAUAGUCAGGGAUUUGUUUCCUUUAGGAAAAAACAUUGUUUUAAUGAUGUUAUUACAGUAUGUGCAAAUUAUAUUAGAUUUUAUAGACAAGGUAAUAUCUCUGUUACAUUAUCACAUUUACAUUAAUUUACAAAUAUAUGUUGAUGUCAUAGCCAAACUUAGCCAAUGUUUUAUUAUGGAAUUGAUUCAUUUAUAUACCAUAGCCAAUAUAAUGUUAGCAUUAGGUCAUAAAAUAAUGUAUUUAAUUUCUUACAAUUUGUAAAUUUUUGUUAUUGAGUUUGUAUUGUUUUUGUUGAUAUCUCUCAGGCAUGCUAUGUUAAUCGUGUUUAAAACAUUAUUAAUUUACUUUUAAAAUAAAAACGUAGUAAAGUCUAGAAACACAUUUCAAUCACUGGUAUAGAGACUACAUACAUAGAAAUGCUUUAUAUUACAAAGUUAUUUUUGCCAGAUAUUAUGUAUAUAUUGAUUUGGAUAUCAUACUUUAAGAAUCAUAUUGUACAAUUAAUGAUCAGUGUAUGCGAAGCAUUGUAUUGAUAAUAAUUCCAAGUAGUGUGUAUUAAACCAACCUAGUGGACAUAAAUGUGAAA